ACAACGGCUUACCGUUGCCUGCAGCGAUAAUAAAUUUUAAGAAAAAACCAGCAGUUGUUUGUUUUGAGAAAUGGACUAAAAGUUUUUAAUUUUUAUUCUCGUAAUUUGUGAUCAAAGUAAAGGAUUUUCAUAUUCAGUUUGUAACCUUGGACCAGAAACAAGGUUUUCCGUUUCAAAUUAUUUUUAUUAAAAAUGCCGACCUGGAACCAAAUACAAUCACAGUUAAGAAAUCCAAACAAUCCUGUUGUAUUUUUCGACAUAACUGUCGGGACAACUGAUAUAGGUCGUAUGAUAUUCGAAUUAUUCGCCGAUGUAGUGCCUAAAACUAGUGAAAACUUUAGAGAAUUUUGCACGGGUGAAUAUAGGCGAGAUGGUGUACCACUAGGUUACAAAGGCGCAACAUUUCAUCGGGUCAUAAAAGACUUCAUGAUUCAAGGUGGUGAUUUCGUCAAUGGUGAUGGUACAGGUGUUAUGAGUAUAUAUGGAGGAAGUACAUUCGCAGAUGAAAACUUUUCAUUGAAACAUGAUUCACCAGGUUUACUCUCAAUGGCUAAUAGUGGAAAAGACACAAAUGGCUGCCAGUUCUUUAUUACAUGUGCCAAAUGUAAUUUUUUAGACAAUAAGCAUGUGGUUUUUGGCAGAGUGAUUGAUGGCCUUUUAGUUAUGAGGAAAAUUGAAAAUGUUCCAACUGGUCCAAAUAAUAAGCCUAAAAUACCAGUUACCAUAUCACAAUGUGGGCAAAUGUAAAUAAAACAAUAUUUAUAACAUGA